AGAUUGACACUUGACAGUAAAGUUAAAAACACAAAGUUGCUAAUCUACGUUACUAGAAUUGUUAAAUUGUGUACUUUUCUAAUCUAUACUGUUAAAAAGAUUACUGUUAAGUUGACAAAUUAAAUAUAUCAAUGUAUCAGCAGUAUUUAAACCAAGCAGUGCGUACACUGCAUAAUCUUAGCUCUGACGAGCUGAAGGAUCUACUUAACGAUGAUGGAAAAUUAGACGAAAGAGUUAAUCAAGCAGUUGAAACACUCGAAUCUGAAAAAGAAAUUGUUCUUGGCGAAAAUCGUAGCCUAGCUGAAAGCAACCUGAACAAAGAACCAAAAUUAAUUGAGCUCCGCGCACGGGUUAAUGAUCUUUCAGAUCAAGGGCGUGUUCUAGCAGCCUCAGUAAAGGAAAAAUCCGGUGAUUUAAAAGAGAAAUCCAGCAGCAUAAAUCCUGAUACUGUUCUAGCUUUACUGCACGCGGCUGCCGCAGAAAGCGAAGAAGAGUCCGAGAAAAUCGUGAAACAGUUUCUCGACAACGAUAUCACAAUCGACGUGUACUUGGAACAAUUUAUGAGCUCACGUAAAGCGAUGCACAGUCGUAAGCUAAAAGCGGAGAAAAUGACCGAAUUAGUUCGGAAUGGGCUGAAUCAAUCGGCGGCACAUGGUCUGCAUGGAACUCCUACUUUUGGAAUGGGACCUAACCCAACUCGAACGAGUGGAUUUUAUCCACCCACAGCGACCGGGGCAGUGCCAUAUCCGCUGGGUCCGAUUGGAAUGCCCAUGCCGGGUAUGUUUCGUUCGCCGUAUUGAUAGGAAAUUAGAAUGACAUGUUCACUGUUUACAACAAUAAGUCAACAAAACAAUGUUUGCAUCAAUAGUGAUAAGCCUAUUAUAUGUUACAGAUAAAUCUAGAGUAAGCAUCUUUAGUGAUUGAGUUUUUUUAAAGAAGCCAUUUAAAUAAACAAAACUAAAUUUAAU